ACACACACACCACCCAGAGCAAAAGAAAAUGUUUGACAGCUCGAUUGCACACUUUGUAGCCUGUGUCGGUGUCUUGUUGUACUCGCAGUGGGAUUUCACUCCAGUUGACGCCGAGAAGGAGUUGGAAGUGACGGUACCGAGAAGGAUUUACAGCGGUGAAGCCCACCCGGUCCCAGGGCGACCCCGACGAGGCGGGUUUGCGGGAGCGGAGCGCCGGGGGAGGCGUUCGCUUGGGGCAGGUGGCGAUGGGGAGAGGGCUCCUCGGUCUCGGGCUGCGCCCCUCCCGGAUGCCGGAGACACAGAGCUCUAUGUGCUGGUGCCGGCGUUUGGGAAGGAGCUGCGUUUGCACCUGAAACGCGACCUGCGGUUCCUGGCGGCGGGUUUCACUGUGGAGGAUCACGGAGAGGGGUUCGGGGCUCCCGGUCCCCGUCCCCGGUCCGCGGCUCCCGAGGAGCGCUGCUUUUACACCGGACACGUCGUCAACCACAGCCGCCGCUCCUCCGUCUCCCUCAGCACAUGCAAUGGACUGCUUGGAUUUAUUCAGAUUGGAGAUGAGCUUCUGUCAAUAGAACCUAUAAAUAAAGUGAACACUUCAUUCAGUGGAGAGGCACACCAGCUCUACAGAACAAAGCGAUCGUCGAAAACCAAGAAAACUGAUCUAAUCCAGGAGUCUUGCAAAGUUAUUGCAGGAAGAAAGAAACUGAAGAAAGCAGAAGUUUGGGAUGUCUGGCGAGCAAGAAGAAAUGUCAUUCGAUUAACCAAUGAAUAUACUGUGGAAACACUGGUGGUGGCAGAUGCUGACAUGGUUCACUAUCAUGGUGCUGAAGCUGCUCAAAGGUUCAUCCUGACUGUUAUGAACAUGGUAUACAACAUGUUUCAGCAUCACAGCUUGGGAAUCAAAAUCAAUAUUAGAGUCACAAAACUAGUUCUGCUUCACAAUCGUCCGGAAAAACUGUUGAUUGGACACCAUGGUGAAAGAUCACUGCAAAGCUUUUGCCAUUGGCAGCACAGAGAGUUUGGAGGAGCUAAAUAUCUGGGGAACAACCAGGUGCCUGGUGGAAAAGAUGACACGCCAGCUGUUGACGCUGCUGUAUUUGUUACCAGGACUGACUUCUGUGUGCACAAAAAUGAGCCGUGUGAUACUGUGGGAAUUGCGUACCUUGGAGGAACCUGCAUUGCUAAAAGAAAGUGCGUGCUUGCUGAAGAUAACGGACUUAACCUUGCCUUUACCAUUGCACACGAACUUGGUCACAAUAUGGGGAUGAGCCACGACGACGACCAUCCAUCCUGCAAAGAGGGCUUCCAUAUCAUGUCUGGUGAAUGGGUCAAGGGAAGGAAUCCUAGUGAUCUGUCUUGGUCCACCUGCAGCCACGAUGACCUGGAGAAUUUCUUGAGAGCAAAGAUCAGUGCCUGUCUACUGGAAACUGAUCCCAGGAGUCAUUAUGCAAUGCGGCUGCCACCCAAACUGCCAGGCAUGCAUUACAGUGCUGAUGAACAGUGCCAGAUUCUUUUCGGGACCAAUGCUACUUUCUGUAAAGAUAUGAAGCAUUUGAUGUGUGCUGGCUUGUGGUGUUUAGUGGAAGGGGACACUUCGUGUAAAACUAAGCUGGAUCCCCCGCUUGAUGGUACAGAAUGUGGCGCUGAUAAGUGGUGCAGGACAGGGGAGUGUGUAAGCAAAACCCCAAUCCCGGAGCAUGUAGAUGGAGAUUGGAGCACUUGGAGCCAGUGGAGUAUGUGCAGCAGGACAUGUGGAACCGGAGCAAGGUUCAGGCAAAGAAAAUGCGACAAUCCUCCCCCUGGGCCUGGAGGAAAGAGUUGCGAGAGAACCAGUGUGGAGCAUAUAGUCUGUGAAAACUCGCCCUGCACGAAAGGCAUGUCCAGUUUCAGAGAUCAACAAUGCCAGUCUCAAGACAGACAAGGUCAUAAGAAGAGAAAGCACUGGACAGCAGUGCUCAACGACGACAAGCCGUGUGCCUUGUUUUGCUCUGCUUUUGGAAAAGAAUCCACAAUCCUGGUAACUCAACGAGUCCUUGAUGGAACUCCUUGUGGACCCUAUGAGACUGACCUGUGUGUGAAUGGUAAAUGCCAGAAAAUUGGCUGUGAUGGAAUCAUUGGCUCAGUGGCUAAAGAAGAUCGCUGUGGGGUGUGCAGUGGUGACGGCAAAUCCUGCAAGAUAAUAAAAGGAGAUUUCAACCAAACCAAAGGAAUGGGUUACAUAGAAGCAGCUGUAAUCCCUGCAGGAGCAAGGCGAAUCCGGGUGGUGGAGGACAAGCCAGCCCACAGCUUUUUGGCUUUAAAGGAUUCUACAAAGCAAUCCAUCAACAGCGACUGGAAGAUCGAGCUACCAGGGGAGUUUCAGAUCGCAGGCACUAUUGUCCGCUAUGUGCGAAGGGGACUGUGGGAAAAGAUGUCUGCCAAGGGACCAACCAAAACACCACUUCACUUAAUGGUGCUACUGUUUCACGAUCAAAGUUAUGGAAUCCACUAUGAAUACACAAUCUCUGUGAAUAGUUCCUUGGAAAACAAGAGCGAGGUGGAAAAGCAACUGGAGCCCCUUUACUUGUGGACAAAUACUGGCUGGGAGGCCUGCAGUGUACAAUGCGGAGGAGGACAACGCAGAACUGUUGUCUCCUGCACUAAAAUUGUAAACAAGACAUUGGCAGUGGUGAAUGACAGUGACUGCCAACACAUGACCCGUCCUGAGCCACAGGUCAGGAAGUGCAAUAUGCAUCCAUGCCAGUCACGGUGGGUAGCAGGAAGUUGGACUCCAUGCUCCAGCACCUGCGGGAAGGGAUCUCAGAUCCGCAAUGUGACCUGUGUCUAUCAGCUGCAAAAUGGCACACAUGUCAACACAAGAAAUCUCUACUGUCUCGGUCGCAAGCCAUCUACAAUACAAGGCUGCGAAGGUCGUGACUGUUUGACUGUGUGGGAAGCCUCAAACUGGUCUAAGUGCUCAACAGACUGUGGUAGAGGCAUCCGUCAACGAACAGUGACAUGCACCAAUCCUCAAGGGAAAUGCGAUCUAGCAAUGAGACCCAGGGAGGAAGAGGAGUGUGAAGAUUACACAAACUGUUAUGAAUGGAGAACAGGCGAAUGGUCCAAGUGUUCAUCCACGUGUGGGAGAGGCCUUCGGUCAAGAGUGGUUCAGUGUAUGCACAAAGUCACCGGUCGCCACGGCACUGAGUGCCCAUCAAUAACCAAACCAGCGGCAUACAAACAAUGCCACCAGGAGCCGUGUAAUGAAAAGAUAAACGUGAACACCAUCACAUCGCCCAGGCUUGCUGCCCUGACUUACAAGUGCACAGGAGACCAGUGGACAGUGUAUUGCAGGGUGAUACGAGAGAAGAAUCUGUGUCAGGACAUGCGAUGGUACCAGCGCUGCUGCCAGACCUGCAGGGACUUCUACGCAAACAAGCUGCUUCACAGCAGUUAAUUGCAGGUUCUACUGUGGCUUAGUCUAUUUAAGAGGAGCAUUCUCAGUAGCUUCCAACACCGAUUUGGGGGACAGACAGUUUCUGAACUGAAAGUAAACAGCGCUUGGACAUAUUAUGGUUCCACAGCAUUGUUACCACACCUUGCAAAGACCUGUGCAGUUUGGAUUGUGUUAUAUUAACUACUGUUAACCUGAAAUUUCCCAACCAUUUGCCUUCUCAUGAACAUUUUAGCCAGUUCACAUUCUGAGGCCUCACCACCCAUUGUGACAGCAGCUCCUUUUUAUAUAAGAAACUUUUCAUGGUCCUCCAUAGCAUUUCUUUGCGGAAUUAAAUUGAUGGGUUUGAAUUAUGUUUUCAGAAGGAAGACAUGUUUAGAAGCCGAAUCCAUUGUUUGUUUCCACUAGAACCUGUCUCUGCGUCUAGAGUAUCUAACAAACCACUUGGUUCAGGCGAAAUUUUGCCACCUGCAUUUUCAUUCCUAGUGACAAUGGUAUUCACAGUUUUAGCAAUGUAAAGGCAAACUUGAAUGGCUAUGUUUAACCUUUUCACUACUGUUAAUGGUGCUUCCAGUACAGCAUGUAGCAAUCAGUCUUCUGCUAAGUCAUUUUGGUGCUAUGAAAUGAACAUAACAGCCCUUUAGAAAAAUACAGGCAAAUGAUAUUUAGAAACGUAAUUUUCUCUCUGAGGUAACUAGAAGUGAUGUUACUGCUGGCAGUAAACUACUUGAGUUUGUUACUGGUAAGAAACCACUGCCAGGCAGGUUCCAUGUUCCCACUGUGUUAGCACUGGGAUAAAGGGACUACCAUGACUGCAAAGAGAUUAAGGCAAUUGAUCUACCAGGAAGCAGAUUGACAGUGCUUCCAACCCGAUGCCUGAUUUUACUCUUUUGUGUACUUGGUGACUAUCAAUGGGGGACGGACUUGUGGAUACACCUACCAUAGAGAAAUAAAGGCACAUCCUUAGCCCAUAUUUAAUAUUGUUCUGUCUGUUAUGAAAGUGAUGAAUGGAAUUUUAUAGGGUGUACAAGCAACUAACCAAAUGAUUAACCUUUGGACUGCUGGCAGCUCCAUAGAAAUUCCUGUCUCCGUGAACCUCUGGUGUCUUUUUUAGCUCAUAAAAAUAAUCCUUGCAUUUGAUAUAGCGCCUUGUCACGUCUUCAAGACGUGUCAAAGCGCUUCACAGAAUAUACUGUAAAGUGAAUUGACUGUAUAUUUUGUAGGCGAAACAUAUGCACUGUGAUGCUGAAAAAGUAUUAAUACUGGAGUACUAUAUACAUAGAUAUUGCUGUAAUGUUAACCGUAACAUAUUAAGAUGAAUACUAAAACAAUCUUAGAUUUUAUUUUUUAAAAAUUGAAGCCUUUACUCAUAGUUAUGUCAUCCUUUAUUCCAUUCCUGCCCUAUCUUAUCUGGUCCUUUGGAUUUAUUUUAGAUUGAUGUUCGUAGUAUUUACAAUCUAUUGGAGGAUUUUUCUUACUUUAAAGAGCUUUCACAUAUCAUUCUGUCUGUUUCUACCAGCUGCCACCACAUUUUUGAAGGUGAGACCAAUGUAAAUGUUAGAUUGAAAAUUAGCCCCACUGGUUGGGUUUUGCAGCAACUCAAAAGGUGAAUCAAAGAAGACUGACUUUAUGACCCUUAUUAUGAAUUACAUCCCUAAAGCAGGAAGUGGGAGUCCCAACCCAACAGAGUGAUUGCACACAAAUGAAUGAGCUCAAAUGUGCUGCAUUAAGGGUUAAGAAACACGCCAAUUAAUCACAUCUAUCCUGUUCAUGUAGAAAGUAACUUUAGGCAUUUGGGAAGGACAGGUUUUUAUCCAGCAACAUCUCUGCCCCCUUUGUUGUGAAUCUGCACAUGGGUUAAUGAUCCUCCAGUACUUUUCCCAUGUGGGCAUUAAUCAUGACUAAGCCUUGCCAUUGUAUGUUUACAGACUAGUUAAGAAUAAGGGCAUCGUGGGUGAAUCCAAACUAUCCCUUACCCAACAUCCACACAUACACAUACCUCCAGCAGGGAUUGCUGAUAUUGAUCAGGAGCUGGAACAAAGGCACAUUCUCCUCACCCUCCCACCCCUUAGCCAGGGUGCUGAAGCCAACAUCGGCACCUCUACCACUGCCCUGUGGGAGAUAGCUAACUCACCAUGGACCAGGGAUCAAAUCAGGGACUUUCCUGUUUCUGAAAGGCUCAGCUAGUCUCUGGAUAGACUCACUGUGCUACCAGGGUAGCCCAGUAACAUUUUUUAAUUACUAUUUUACCAUCUUUUAUCUCUGAAAUAAAAGUGAAUAAUUAUGUAUCUUUUUCAGACACUGUUCAGUUAGUCCAAUAAACUGCUGCAGUUGAACGUUUAUGCAGCUUUAACGAUUGUGUGGGUACACAAUGAGGAACCUACUGUUCUAUAUCAUUAAUGUUUGGAGUUAUUGUACUGUUGUAUAUUGGUGUGACUGAAUUCCUGUUAACUUACAUGAAUUACCUUUGUCUUAAUUAAAACCAAUUUUUAAAAAUAAUACUUUUGUAGAGGAUGCAGGUGGCAUCAUUAGGUUGCCGCUUGUCAUGUUGUAGUCCUGGUGAAGUGUCUUUUCAGACAACAAACAGAUCAAAACACGAUCUGUGCCUGAACGUAACCACUAAAAACAUCUAAGUUAACUCCAGUUGAGAGCCAGUAGUGAAAAGGUUAGAUUCCUGUAUGUGGCAAAGCUUGUGAGCUACAAGGUAUGAGAGAUGUACUUUUUUCAGUGUUUAUUUUAGUUGGUGCUAAUUUUUGCUACAUCAUACUUGUUUUCUUUCAGUUUUACAAAGGAGGCUUUGUACUAUUACAGUUGUACUGUAAAAUAUUGGUUGCACAAAUGAGUCAAAGUUGUAGACUGCCACUAUAUUCUACAUGGUGCUAUUCUGUUGGGACAGUAAUCCUCGUCAAAGAAAGUGCUUGAUAUUAUUAUAAUGUGAUACUGGGAUAUAUUCAUCAUGACUAGCUUUUUAUUUACAAAAUGAAAUGUACUGUUAGCAGUUUUGCCUACAUCUGUACUGUAUCGAUGACUUGCAGUAUUUUUAUGGUUUUCUAGGUGCCAGAAAAAAAUGCAGAAAAUUGUUGAGAAUCAUGAAAAGACUAACAAAAUCAGUCAUUCUAUUAGUGGAACAGAAUUUUGCAGAAUGUUUCAUAAUAAAUUUAUUUUCAUCAGA